AUGUGGAGGUGUGAGCAAAUAAGGCAGCGUUAUGAUGCCGACGUAUACAUCCAAAUUCAUCGACAGCACAAACACUACGAAUAUACUUCGUCAAACGAACCAUCGUGUCCUAAGUCUAAGGAUGAGUUGAGCAGGGCUCAUCCUGUCCCUGUGACUAGAUGCCCCCGGGAUUUUGCGACCAGAAAGAGCACUAUUUCAUCCAAACGUCUCCCUACUAUAUCUCUUCGACCAGAAAACAUAAGCGCUCACAAGAACGACUCUGCGUUUGGCAGCGAGAAUAGGUCGCUCAAAGUAACAAGCUUCAAGGCCCAAGGACAAUAUUGUGGAGUCUUUAUCUAG